AUGCUUGGAGGGAGCCCGGAGCGUGAUUCCUCCCCGUCUGCUCCGACAACUACUGGAGAAGCAUCCAUGCCUAUCGCAUCGACUCAUCAAGAGUCAAACCCUGAAUCUUCGCCUCAAGGCCAUGCUGGUGGCAAUGAUGCGUCGCGUUUAGAAUCCUCCGAGCUUGCACCAUCAUCCGCAUCUGCCCAGUCUCCCGAAGGCGCUUCUGCAGCUGCAGACUCGGCCGAUCCUGCGAAGAAACACCAUUUUCUCCUGCCCAUUCCAUCGCGAUCUUCUUUGAAAGCCGACAAGCAAUCGACAUUGGACAAUGCCCAGGAAGCCUCUCACGAUGACUCCGAAAACACACUUCGAGGUUCGAAGAGAAGCUUGCUAAAGGGGCGGAGGGAUAGGAGUCGUGGGAGUAGCCGGAGAUCUCGGCGACAGAACCAAGAUGCGCCCAACGGGGAGGAGCAAAAAUCGGCGGCGGCCUCCGACUUGCAGGACUCCAAGUCCGAAAAGAAGGGCAAGGUUUCAUCCAAGUUCUUUGCUUUCUUAAGCUGUUGCUCGUCCUCGAACGUCGAUGCCGAAGAUCCUUCUGUCCCGCCAAAGAGAACAAUGAAACGGACAUCGACUUCGAAUAGACAGUCUACCCCCGAGAAACCAGACGCUACUGCCGGUGACUCGAGCACGGAGUCCAAGGAGCCAAACUACUACGGAGAGGAGAAGCCCAACUCGACUCUUACUUCGGACAAACCUCAAUCCCAGAUUGACGAAAAGUCUAGCCCCCGGGGACAAGGCUCGCAGUUGGACGGCGCCGCCGGUCAGCCUGAAUCCGAUAAUAUCCAGGCUUCUUCUCAGAACAACCACGUUGAAGAACAACCCUCGAAAAUUUCCCAGAAUGCUCCAGUUCUUCCCCCGGUCGCUGCAUCUUUCACGGAGGAAGACUCUGCCCACAAGUUAAAUGAGCAUGCUGCUGGUUCAAGUACAACUCCAGCAGAGGAAAUUCCCUCAGACGAUAUCGAUGGAGCUGUCGUGAAACCACCCUUGCCCGAACUCGACGACAGAGAGGAGACAAAAGACUCUUCACAUGAAGAAGAAGCAACUAGAUUUCCUGUCGAUUUGCCACCACCACCCCCAAUCGUUCCUUCGGGGAAGCAAGCUUCUGCCGUUCACGAAGAAGGGCCAGGCUGGCUGCUGCCCCCUGCUGUUCCCCACUUGAAAGACCGAAAGUGCCUUGUUCUUGAUUUGGACGAAACGCUUGUUCACAGUAGCUUCAAGGUUCUCGAGCGCGCUGACUUUACAAUCCCCGUCGAAAUCGAGGGCCAGUAUCACAAUAUAUACGUGAUCAAGCGACCUGGUGUCGACCAAUUUAUGAAGCGGGUCGGAGAACUGUACGAAGUGGUUGUGUUCACAGCAUCUGUGUCCAAGUAUGGUGAUCCUUUGUUGGAUCAAUUGGACAUCCACAACGUCGUGCACCACAGACUCUUCAGGGACAGCUGCUACAACCACCAAGGAAACUAUGUCAAGGUUGUUGGCCGUGACCUUCGAGAGACGAUCAUCAUCGACAAUUCUCCCACCUCGUAUAUAUUCCAUCCUCAACACGCGAUACCCAUCAGCAGCUGGUUCUCUGACGCUCACGAUAACGAGCUUCUUGAUCUGAUUCCUGUUCUUGAGGACCUUGCUGGUGACCAAGUUAAAGACGUCAGUCUGGUUCUCGACAUUUCAUUUUCCCAAUGUUCCAUCCGCCGAAAAGCUCCCCGCACCGCACCUCCGUCACUCCUCCACCUCCGAACAAAAAACGACCCCCGAAACGCGCAUCAAUCAAACCAAACCGCAACCAUGAAAGAUAGCAAAGGCUGGGACGGAAAGCUCCGAGUCGAACCCAAAGAAAAUGCGAAUGCGAGUGCCGUGAUCACGAACCCUGAGGCGCUGGAAGACCCGGAUUAUUCUGACCCCGACGCGCCGCCGGUUGAGGAGAUUGAGGCCGAUGAGGAUCUACUCGAGGACGAGGAUCCAGAUGUCGAAAGAUUAUGCCUUCGACAAAACCAGAUAUCGCGCAUUGCCCUGCCACCGGAUAUCGCCCCGACGCUGACGGAGCUCGAUUUCUACGAUAACCUCAUUGGGCACAUCAAGGGUCUCGAUGAGUUCACGAACCUGACCACUUUGGAUCUCAGCUUUAACAAGAUCAAACAUAUUAAGAACAUUGCGCAUCUGAAAAAGUUGACGGAUCUUUAUUUUGUGCAGAAUAAGAUAUCAACGAUAGAAGGGCUGGAGGGACUGGAUAAAUUGAGGAAUUUGGAAUUAGGCGCGAAUAGGAUUAGAGAAAUUGAGAACCUCGAAACUUUGAAAUCGUUGGAGGAGAUAUGGCUUGGAAAGAAUAAGAUUGUUGAAAUGAAGAACCUCGAUAGCCUCACCAACCUCAAAAUCAUCUCCAUCCAAUCAAACCGCCUCACCAAAAUCUCCGGCCUCUCCUCUCUCAAGAACCUCGAAGAGCUCUACAUCUCCCACAACCUCGUCACAGACCUCAGCGGCCUCGAGAACAACACCAACCUGCGCGUCCUUGAUUUCUCAAACAACCAAGUCUCCAAGCUGGAACAUCUAUCCCACCUAACGCAUCUCGAGGAGCUAUGGGGGUCAAACAAUCAACUCUCAAGCUUUGACGAGGUUGAGCGCGAGCUCAAGGACAAGAAGGAAUUGCAGACGGUUUACUUUGAGGGAAACCCGCUGCAGACAAAGGGGCCGGCCGUCUAUAGGAAUAAGGUCAGGUUGGCGAUACCGCAUAUUGCGCAGAUUGAUGCGACGUAUGUACGAGUUGUUUGA